AUGGCUGCCGUGGCUUCUGUACCAGGGCCGGCGUCGGCUUUGACUCCUCCCAGCAGUAGCCAUGGCGAUGAGCGUGACUGGGACUAUUCUCGCAUCAACGUAGAGGGCCAGCUCCGCGAUCCUGCCAACACGUCCUACGAACAAUCUCACGCGGCUUCUGCUUUUCCCACACAUGAUGCCCGAACUGCACCAAGAACAAUCACUCACGAAAUGACUGCCCGCAAAAUGCGGUCCGCCGAUAACCUGCACAGCUCCAAAUGGUCCAAAGGUUCCGACUACCAGCGAGAGUUGCUCCCGGGCCUCUCAGAGGAGGAAAAGGCCCAGAGCGACCAAUUUGUGUACAGCCAGGACCAAUCCAAAUGGAUUCACAGAGAUAAACUGGCCAGAAUAGAGACCGAAGAGCUCGAGGCUGCCGGCUUCUUCCUACCCAAGGGAAGAACUUCCAGCCGCACCGCGCGAAGGAACGAAAGCCGUCUCAGCCAUAGCACCGAAUCCGAACCCAACCUGAACAACUUGAACCGCCCCAAGAAGGACUCCUCUUCGCUUGAGCCGCUCUCGUCGCCGCCGAGCUGGGAUCUGCGAACCCCUCAGGAAAUCGCCGAGGCCGCGGCCGGUUCCUAUUUUACCUCCAACGCCCUCACCGGCAGCACCCGUAUACCUGUGGCCAAAGCGAGUCCGGCCCCAAUCUCACUCGGCUUCCUCGAGCACGGCUCCCUUGCUGCCCGUCAAAACUCUGACGAAGACGAUCGCCUGUCCUACAACAAAACACGUUCUCGCAGCGCUAGUGCCGCAUUUAGAGAUGCAGGCAACAGCAUGCCAAGCGGUAAACGCUCCAUUACCGAUUCUUCGCCAAAGAAGCACAUCCGCAAGACUAGCUCCAGCACACCUUCGAGACCUGGUACCAAAGGCAAAGAUUCUCCGGGCAGCGCUGGCUCGCGGCCGGUCACGCGAAAUGGACGAGCCGCGUCUCGAACGAAGCACCCUGAGGGUGAGCCGCCCUGGAUGGCCAACACAUUCAAGCCCGACCCACGACUGCCCCCCGAUCAGCAGAUACCACCCUUUGUCGCGAAGAAGAUGGCCCAAGAGCAGAUGGAGAAGGACGGCACAUUUGGCGACGCAUAUGAUAAGGAUUUUCGCCCUCUCAACACCAAUUCUCUGGGCCUACCCAAGCCCGGCGCCGAUCCCGAAAAAGAUGGUGAGCCGGCAGAGGACGAGUGGCCGCUUAAGCCCGCCAUCACAAACCGACCGCUCAUGCGCACUGGCUCCAUGUACUCGACCAUGCCCAAGAUCAUCGACAAGCCACCAGGCACACCCGUACCUAGCCCGCGCCCGGGCAAUACCGCCGUAAUGGCCCCGCCGCAAGCUACACCACCGCAAAUACAGCAAGUGCCGCAGUUUGAACCCGAAGAAGAUAAGAAAGGCGGUUGCGGCUGCUGUGUGGUCAUGUAA